AUGGCAACUUUCAGUGCUGUUUCGAAGAGGCCAUUCAUAACCUUGCCGUUUCUAAUACCCUCGUGCGAGCCGGUCGUUCUAGAGUUGCGCCGAAAUCAGUCUUCAUACAGGCGUACGAAACAACGUCUUCGCGUUAAGCCGGAUGCCUCUUUUGGUUUCUCUUCGGAUCAAUCUCACAUUAUCUUCAAUCCUCCUUCGAGCGCUCCGUCUGUCUUUCAUACGCCGACGAAAUUUCUUCCCCCUGAUGAUGCUCGGAGAACCCUCCGCACCGACGCGUCAAUGAAAAGUGAUCAGAACCCCGAAGAUCUUCCUCCUGUAUUCAAUUCGCCAACAGAGAAAAAGUAUCACCUGACUCCGUCUGAUAUAGAGGAAAUCCGCAAACUCAGACUCAGCGACCCUAUGACUUGGAGCAGGUGGAAGUUAGCCAAGCGAUUUGACUGUUCUCCGAUGUUCAUCGGUAUGGUCUGCGAAGCCAGUCCUCAGAAGAAAGAAAUUCAGAGACAGGUCUUGGAAGCUGUCCAGUCGAGAUGGGGUCUGAAAAGACGGAUGGCCAGAGAAGACCGUCAAUUGCGGAAAGAAUCCUGGGGCAAGGAUGAAUGA